AUGGACGCCGCCACCCUCGAAGAGACGAACAAGCUGCGCAUCUCGCUGGGUAUGAAACCCCUGCCCGUGCCAGGCGCAGCUGCAUCAGGAUCCGAAGACGAAGGCAGCGGCCAUGACGAGCCGGCAGAUUACCUCGAGGCUCGGACGGCCGAGGCCUACGACAACUUCCAGAAGCUGCGUGACGAAGAAGAGGCGAAGCGGAAACGUGACGAGAGGGCCGCGGCCAUCAAGAAGGCGCGCGAAAAGGCCCAGCGACAUGCCGUGAUGGAGGGAAAAGGUCUAGGCGAGCUCGGGGCCGGGGAGGAGGAGCUCGAUGCCAAGGCGUGGUUGAUGGGCCAGAAGAAGAGGCAAAAGAAGAUCGCCAAGUUACGGAGGUUGGAGGAAGAGCAAGCUGCGGCCGAAGCGCAGGCGGCGGCGGCUGUUCAGUAUACUUCGAGAGAUCUCGCCGGGGUAAAGGUCGCGCAUGAUGUUUCGCAGUUCGUGGACGGCGAUGAACAGAUCCUUACUCUCAAGGACGCGACGAUAGACCAAUAUGAAGAGGAGGGGGAUGAGCUUGAGAACCUGGGUCUCAGAGAGCAGGAGAAGCUCAAGAAGAAUCUCGACCUGAAGAAGAAGAAGGCUGAUUAUAACCCACUUGAUAUGGACAACAUGGAUGUUCAGAAUGUGCUGUCCAAGUACGACGAGGAGAUUUAUGGCGAAAAGAGAAAACGCUUCACUCUUGAUACUAGCGGCGCCGUUUCCGACUUGGCCGACAUCCUUGAUACCGCACCCAGCAAGUCAAGCAGAGGCCAGACCGUGAACAUAGAUAUCAUCGAUGAAAACGCCCGGCCGUCGUCCGACUAUCUCGAUAUAUCAGAGAUCAAGGUGAAGAAGCCAAAGAAGAAGAAGACAAAGUCGACGAGACAAAAACCCGUAGACGCCGAUGACUUUCUCCUACCCGAACCCACACCCGAAGAUGACCAAAAAAUGGAUAUCGAUACUAGCGUGAAAGAGAAUGCUAGGAAGCGAAAGAGCGAGGAUGUCAAUUUCGUCGACGAUGAUGACCUUCAGCUCGCCCUUUCCAUGCAGAGGAGAAAUGCCCUGAAAAAGAGGAAGAAGAUGCGGCCCGAGGAUAUCGUCAAGGAAUUAAAAGAGGCCGAUGACUCGGAAGAAGCCGUGCCGGAAGACGAUGGCGGGCUAGUGAUCGGCGAGGUAUCAGAGUUUGUUGCUGGUAUCAAGAAGCCAGAUGAAGAAGACGAGAAACCAAGAAGGCACAGGCAGUCCGCUGAGCCGUCAGCAUCCGCGCCAAAAGCUGUGUCGCCUUCGCCCGACGACAACGAGGACGUUCCCAUGAAUGGCUACCUUCCUACCCAAGAUGAGCAUGACUUGCGUGAGCAGGCAUCAAAGGAGAACGACGAAAAGCUAUCUGGCGAUGAGGAUAUCAUGGAGGAGAAGACCAUCUCCGGAGGACUAGGCGCCACGCUAUCACUCCUACGCGAGCGAGGCAUCCUCAAAGAAUCCGACGGCGCAGAGCGCCACGAAACAUUUUUGAAGAAGCAAGAAUUCCUAGCCAAGAAGCGCCGCAUGGAGCUCGAGAUCGAGGAAGCCGCGAAGCACCAGCGCGAACGCGAUCGACAAAGUGGCCGCCUCGAAAGGAUGGGCCAGCGCGAGCAGCAAGAAUUCGCCCGACAGCAAAACACCCAACGAGACCUCCAGGCGUCCCGAAAGAUGGCCGAACUCUUUAACGCCGAGUUCAAGCCGACGUUCGAGAUCAAGUACACGGACGACAUGGGCCGGCGGCUCGACCAGAAGGACGCCUUCAAGCACCUCAGCCACCAGUUCCACGGCAAGGGCAGCGGCAAGGGCAAGACCGACAAGAAGCUCAAGAAGAUUGCUGACGAGCAGAGGCGCGAGGCGCAGAGCGUGCUGGACGCUAGUCAGAAUGUGGGUAUGAGCUCGGUUACGGCGCAGCAGUUGAAGAAGCGGAGGGAGGCUGGUGUGCGGCUCGCGUAA